CAUGGAUUCAUUCCUUGUCGAAUAAUAAAAGUUGAGGUUAUGCCCGUGCUGUUGACGUGCGACAAACCAGUCAGUGUGUUUCAAAGUGUUUGUGACCAGCCCUUUUGCUGCUCUGUGCACACUGCAGUGGAGCAACAAUAGCCAGCUGUGGGCUACGUAUACAUUCAGCAGCUGGGUGUCUUCACGCUGUAGCUCCACAGUAGAAAAUAAAGGCUAGAGUGGGCUGGCCUGUUCGUGUUUUCCGGAAGAAAGGGUGUGAAACUGGGGACACAGAUCAGCAGCUGAUCCUGCCACACAUCUAGCACAGGAGCCCGUGUGGAUGCGUUUCCGUUAGACUGUGAAUAGAGUGAGUCAAACAGGCACCGUGCGUCAAGACGGGACACCCCGCAGGAUUCCUGUGACUGGAAGGCUUAAAGGGACUCAAACGUUCUCAUUGGGUUCUGGUGAGACCCUGAACAUUACAACCCAAGACUGGCCCAGGUCUUGUUGAUGCUGGUGGCCACCCCCCAGUACUCUCCCUGCCAACUGCUCCUGAGCUGUUCCCACCUCCUCAUCUGCCAUGGCUACAUGCAGUGACCCUGGCUGUGAGAGGCUGAACCCUAACUCUGACAAACAGACCAGCAGUCUCACAGACAUCAUGGCUGCCAUGACGACGAAAGACUCAGACGGCUCAGCUGCAAACGGCGUGAGGAAUGGUGGGGCUCAGGCUAAGAGGACUCACCUGACCGGCAGAAAGUUGUCGUUGCAGGAAAGAGCCACUUACCAGUCGUCAGGCUCUGGAGGAGGUUCCACACACAUCUCCCCCUGUGUGGCUCGCAGGCCCACAGUGGAGUCUACACGUGUGUCUUUUUCAGACUCUCAGAACUGCAUUCAGCUGAACCAGUAUACGCUGAAGAGUGAGAUUGGAAAGGGCUCCUACGGUGUGGUCAAACUUGCCUACAAUGAGGAUGAUGACAAACAUUAUGCCAUGAAGGUGGUGUCCAAGAAGAAGUUAAUGAAGCAGUGUGGUUUUCCACGUCGCCCACCCCCAAGAGGACCCAAGGCAGCCCAAGGAGAGCAGCCCAAAAUCUUAGGACCCCUGGAGAGGGUCUACCAAGAGAUUGCCAUACUGAAAAAACUGGACCAUGUCAACAUUGUCAAGCUGGUAGAGGUGCUGGACGAUCCUACUGGGGACACCCUUCACAUGGUGUUUGAACUGAUGCAUAAGGGUCCAGUGAUGGAAGUGCCCACAGACACUCCUUUGUCAGAGGAGCAAGCAAGGUUGUACUUCAGAGACAUCAUCCUGGGCAUAGAGUAUUUGCACUACCAGAAGAUUGUCCACCGGGACAUCAAGCCUUCGAACUUGUUACUGGGUGAUGAUGGACAUGUAAAGAUAGCAGACUUUGGGGUCAGCAACCAGUUUGAGGGCAAUGAUGCUAUGCUGUCCAGCACAGCAGGCACUCCUGCCUUUAUGGCACCAGAGACCUUGUCAGAUAAGCGCAAGUCCUUCAGCGGCAAAGCACUGGAUGUGUGGGCCAUGGGAGUUACCCUCUACUGUUUUGUUUUUGGGAAGUGCCCAUUUAUUGAUGAGUACAUAUUGGCUUUGCACAACAAGAUAAGGACCACGUCUGUGGAAUUUCCCGAAGCACCAAAGAUCAGUGAAGAGCUACACACUCUGAUCUUGAGGAUGCUGGAUAAGAACCCAGAUACCAGGAUCACCAUCCCUGACAUCAAGAAGGACCAGUGGGUGACCCAAUGGGGCACUGACCUCUUGCCUCUGGAGGAGGAGCACUGCUCUGUGGUUGAGGUGACAGAGGAAGAUAUCCAGAACUCAGUCAAGUUUGUUCCCAGUCUCUCUGCAGUGAUCUUGGUAAAAGCCAUGCUGAGGAAGCGCUCCUUCAGUAACCCCUUUGAGUGUCCAAGCAGGAGAGAGGAGAGGUCCAUGUCUGCACCUGACAGCCUGCUCAUGGACUCGUGGCCCUUCAGGCCCACUUUAAAACUUCACCCCUCACUCAGAAAGAGCAGCACAGGUGAUGGACCCAGAGAAGUCGAGCUGGAGGAUCUGCAUGAAGACGAGCUCUCCUCUUGAGUGGCCCAGCAGCAGAGCUUUGUCUUAAACUCCAUCCUCUUUACAUGCACUGUGCACUUACCCUUUCAUUCACACAUUUCCUUCAGACCAUUGCUACUUGUUACUCUGUGCACUGAGGCACCUCUUAGGGUUUUAAAUCUGAUGCAUUCACACUUGUACGCUCAGGCCUGCUUUAGGUUUUGCUUCCAGGACUAUCCCUUCUUAGCCCGGUUUCCCUCAGUUUUAUUUCUCCACUAUAGAACUUCUGGCCACUAAGGUCCAUCCGCAGUGUUGAUUGUCAAAACUGCUACACCUAAUGUGCACACCUAAUGUUGUGACUAGCAUUAGUGAAUCGAUAAGAGGAACUCUGCCAGUUCUCUGGAUCAUUAACAAUUGAAAUAAUUGUUCCAGGACAAGAUGAGAAUGUACUUGUCAGCUGGCUUCACACUGUGAAAAAAACUGUCAAAUUCAGCUAAUUUUUUUAACCCAUAUGCAUGGCAAGUGGUUAUGGCACAUCAUCAGACCAUCUAUAGCCACAAGUCACAGCCUGACAAGGAGAAAAGAAGCCUGUCUUUAGUGCUCAUCACAGACUUCAGCAUCUUCAGAGUUUUUCAUUAUGAACAGUGAUUAAUCAUUUUAAUAAUUUGCAUACGCUAGAUUUUUUUUAGGUGUCUACAGUGUUAUCGUCUCAAAACGCUAUUGUAUAUUGUAUGUGCCAUCAGUAGCUUUUAUUUUGAUGCAAGGUUGUCAAGGUCCUUCCUGUACUGCCCUCACACUCUUGCUUGACCCUCUCUGUGAUUGCACAGAAAGGGCAGCAGCUUUGCUUUGCUUGACAUUCCCUGCUGUGUGAUGGGUACAGUAUUUAUUUUGUACUAAAAGUAAUUUCACGCUUCUCCUACUAUGGUAUAUCAUACCAUGCAGUUUGAUUUGAUGGGAGGCUAUCGUGCCAGAAAUCGGAGCAUUUCAAAGUACAUGUUAUUUAAUGGCGAGUUUGAACAGACUGAAAAAGGGCAGUGGUAUACUUCUUAUUAUACAAUAUAUCAACUCAAGUUAUUCAGGGACAUGAAUUACUGAGGGGUGGGGGUGGGGGCCUUUUUCUGUGUUUCCUUUAGCUGGCGUGUUUUUAACAUACACCAAUCAGCCAUAACAUUAUGACCACCUGCCUAAUACUGUGUACAUAGGAGUCAAUGUGGCAGUUGGUUGCAUCUUCUGUAAAUCCAGUUAUACUGUCAGAAAGAGCACAGAUGUGUCUCCAAUUCAGUGAAAAACCUAAUUAAAAGGAAUAAAAACUGUUG